CCCUAGCCGAUCUUCUCUUCCGUAAACUUACCAACCAAGUCACCUCUAAAGAAAAAUGGGGAGAGCACAAAAGAAGAAAAUCAAGGGGAACAAAACAUCGCUGUGGAUUGGAAGUGGAAAUCGAUGGAAGAGAUUUCCGUUGUUUCUUAGGAAACUCCCUAGCUGUGGGGAUUUUGUGCGAACCGACCCAAUCGUCCCCUAUAAGGAUUGUCCGCCACCGGAUCCCAGCCUUUACUCCCUUCUUGUUGGAGAUAAGACAGUUUCUUUACUUGAGUUGAGGGCUAAACAUGCAGAGUAUGGUGUAUCUAAAGAUAAAGUAGAUGCAUUAGAACGUCGGUUCCAGCGAGCUCUCAAAGAUUUCGAAAUUGAUAUAUAUAUAUCUGCCGCAUUCCGUUCAGCUGCAAAGAAUGAAGCCUACAUAUUCAUGGGCGAAUUUUUUCUGUGUGUGAACUAUCUAGAAGAUCGCAUUGUGGAAAGGCCUAAUUUUCUUGAUAGUGGCCCUAGGUGGCUGAGUAGAUUUGGUGCAAGAAGGGUGCGCUGUGCUUUUGCUUGUCAUCGUGGCCACAGAGCAUUCAUCUUUAGUCGGGAUUUUUGUGCAUACAUAAACCAUAAAAUCAAGGUUAUUUAUUGGCAAAAAGAAAUUAAACUCAUGUUCCCCUUCUUGAAAGAUACAAUUUUCGAAAGUGGUUUGGACGCUGCUUUUGAAGCUGAAGAUGACAAAGCUUACCUCUUCAAAGGCAACCAGUAUAAUUAUAUAAAUUACGAGAAGAGAUCCUCCAUCACCAGUGGUACCAUAACUGAGAAAUUUUCUUGCUUGAAAGAUACCAAAUUUGAAGAUGGAAUAGAAGCAGCCUUUGCUUCCCACAAGAGAGGUGAGGCUUACCUUUUUAAAGGAAAUUUCUGCGCACUCAUCAACUUUGAUGACAACUGCCUUGUUGAAGUGGACACAAUUCGAAACAAGUGGCCCAACUUUGGAAGCUUGGUGCCCUGCAAGAACAUGAUUUGCGUCUGAACUCUUGCCUCUUUUAAGGUGUUGCAGUUGGCAGUUGAAGUUUUUUGGGGUGGGAUCCUGGUGGUUCUUAGUAGUAAGAUAUCUGCAUUUCACAGUUUGUGUCUUUCUGCAGUUUGUUUCCAGUAUUUUGUUUCUUGUCUUAGAAGUAUGAUAUUUGCACUUCAUUGUUUUCUUUGAGUUUUAUUUGGGUGUCUGUGUUGCUUAGAAUUUAUUU